AUGUCGCUCGACCUGGACUGGAGUCUUCUGGACGACGAGCUGUCCGUCCGCUUCCUCGAGACCAUCAAUCGCGCACUCGAGUCGUCUUCCACCAGUCGGCCGUCUUUCCUCGGGGAGAUCCGCUUCGAGAACCUGCAAUUCGGCGCCGACCCACCCGACGUGGCUAUCCGCUCGAUCACCGACAUCUGGCCGGACUUUGUUUCGAUCGACGAUCCGCCACUUCGUCGACGCGGCACACGACAUGCCACACCAGCGAGCAAUGCAACGACACUGGUCGAGUCGCCAACAGAGACGUUCGCCGCGGGCCAUGGAGGAGAGAUGCCGUUGAGGACGUAUACACAAUUCGACGAUGCAGUGCCGCCGAAUCGAAUCCAUGGGCCCGCGAGCGUGAUUUCGGCGAGCGUGGCGGGCAGCGUGCCUGCGACACCCGGUAUGGGGCUGGGUGGAGCGAACGGGUACUAUCAGCAGUGGUCGACGGCGCUUGCUUCACGAGGGAUCCGAGCGGCCGGGCUGGGUGGGUCCUCGUUACCACAAACGCAAGUGACCAGCCCGGUGGAGAUUCCACCCUCGCCAGGAUACUUUCAGCACUGGCAGCAACAACAGCAGUCGGGACCAUCCCAUCUCGGGUUGCCCUACUCGGCGAACAAUUCAAGGCAGACGAGCUUCGAUGCGACCUCUCUCCUUGGAGGCGGACCAGGUCCGCAGAGCAGUGUCAGCCAGAUCGGUGCCAAGCGGGAUAGCAAUAGCCUUCACCCACCGCUCCCUGGCAAUGGCCUGCACUGGAACGGCACGGGAGGUCGACCUUCGCUCCGCUCCACGCCAGCCGCAUCGUACCGCUCACUUUCCGGCCAGAUCUCGCCCAACGAGCCGCGCGAAGCUACCCCUGCACCCUCCUCCGCCUCCCAACUGCCUUCGCUGCAGAUGCGAUUGAGCCUGCAUUGGCCAACGACGACGUUCCGCCUCACCGUCACCACCAGCAUCCUGAUCAACUAUCCGAGUCCCGCAUUCAUGUCUCUUCCCCUCACACUGUGCAUCACAGGCUUCUCCUUGACGUCAGGUCUGAUUGUUGCACUCGAAGGCGAGCACCAGCGGGCACACAUCUGCCUCGUCGAAGAAGACACGGAUGUAAGCCCAGCAGAAGGGAAGAAGGUCAGUGCAGGGAUGAGUGUUCUGCCUCAGCUGACGUUUGAGAGCGAGGUGGGCGAGCACGAGAAGCACGUGCUGAAGAAUGUCGGGAAGGUGGAGAAGUUUGUUGCGGAGGUGAUUCGGAAGGGGUUGGAGGACGAGCUGGUCUAUCCGAACUACUACACGAUCGAUUUGCCAGGCUCCAAGGGAAGGACGUGA